AUGGCCAAGUUUCUUCAAUCCUAUGGAUAUGAUUUGAUUCUGGGAUCUAUAGCUGCAAUUUAUGUGGUCAUGGCACCAUAUACUAAGGUCGAAGAGAGCUUCAACGUACAGUCAAUGCACGACAUUCUUUACCAUCGCCAUCAUUUGGACUCUUAUGAUCAUUUGGAGUUCCCCGGUGUUGUCCCUCGAACUUUUAUUGGAGCCUUCAUUGUCUCUAUUUUCGCAUCACCAAUUGUAUCAAUUUUCACCUGGCUUGGCUUCUCCAAGAUUUAUAGUCUCGUUGCAGCUCGUUUGGUGUUGGGCUGCAUCAUAUUAUCCACACUAAGAUUUUUCCGGAUUCAGAUAAGAAACAAGUUUGGGCAUCAAGUGGAAUCUUUCUUUGUACUUCUCACCAGUCUUCAGUUUCAUUUGCUUUUCUACUGCACUCGUCCUCUACCUAAUAUUCUAGCUUUGGGAUUAGUUAAUCUGGCAUAUGGUAAUUGGUUAAAGGGAAACUUUUAUUCAGCUUUGAGCUUCCUGAUUUUUGCCACUGUAAUCUUCAGAUGUGACACAAUGUUACUGCUUGGGCCUAUUGGUCUCGAAUUUUUAUUGACCAAAUCGAUCUCCUUCUGGAAAGCACUUAAGUAUUGUGUUGGAACUGCUGUGUUGGCUGUAGGUCUUACCAUUUUUGUUGACUCUAUCAUGUGGAAGAAGUUUGUGUGGCCAGAAUUUGAAGUUUUCUGGUUUAACUCCAUUCUGAACCGGAGUUCUGACUGGGGCACACAUUCCAUACAUUGGUAUUUCACCUCGGCACUCCCACGGUCUUUGCUUGUAGCUUAUCCUCUUUCACUGGUUGGUACCUUACUUGACAGGAGGGUUCCAUUCCUUAUUCUUCCAGUUUUGUUCUUCGUUAUACUCUACUCUAAGCUUCCACACAAGGAACUGCGCUUUAUUAUUAGUUCAGUGCCAAUGUUCAACUUAUCUGCAGCAGUUGCUGCUAGCAGAAUCUACAAUAACAGGAAGAAAUCUAUUUGGAAACUGGUGAACAUGGUUAUGCUAGCAUUAUUUGCAAUCAGUGCAGGGUGCACGGUCGUAACAUUCAUGGCAUCUUACUACAAUUAUCCUAGUGGCUAUGCGCUGAAGCGCUUGCAUCAGAUAAGCCAUCCUGCAAAUGCGGCAGGAGAAGAGUGGGUUCACAUAGACACUUUCAGUGCUAUGAAUGGAAUAUCUCGCUUUUGUGAAGAUGAUUUCCCGUGGAGAUACUCAAAAGAAGAAGAGAUAGUAGUGGAGGAGUUGCGAAACAGAAAUUUCACGUACCUUGUGAACGAGCAUCCCUCAGUGGGUGGAUACAAGUGCUUGUUUUGUGAAGAAGGCUUCGACAGACUCAAACUGCAGCGAGGUUUCCCUCCCAUCGUUCUGGUUAAAAAAGGGAAAGUAUACGUGCACCGGGAUAUGAAGAAGGAAGAUCCUUUGCAUGAGAAAUGGCCUGGAUUGCAGAAUCGGAAUGUCCCACUGGCUUCCUCCGCCUCCUACUCACGCCUCCCUCGCUGCAUAUCUCCAGUCGUAUCCGUAGUAUCUCUAUCGAAGAAGACGGCAAUCGUGUGCUCCAUCUCACAGGUCUAUGGCUACGGGACUGUGGACUACGAGAGAAGGCCGAUUAUCCAGUGGAAUGCCAUCUACAGGAAGAUUUCUCUCAUGGAGAAGCCUGAGCUCGGCGCUGCAUCCGUCUUGAAUCAGUGGGAGAAAGGCGGCCGUAAGCUUACCAAGUGGGAGCUCUGCCGGGUGUACGACUGGAUGAACAAGAGAGGCGAAAGGUUCCGAUUGUCUGCAAGUGAUGCUGCCAUCCAGCUCGACUUAAUCGGCAAAGUGCGUGGGAUUUCAGACGCCGAAGACUUCUUCCUCACCAUCCCUGAAGAUUUCAAGGACCGUAGAGUUUAUGGCUCCCUCCUCAAUGCCUAUGUGAGGGCCAAGUCCAGAGAAAAAGCCGAGACCUUGCUCGACAAAAUGAGGGAGAAAGGUUACGCCCUGCACCCGCUUCCUUUCAACGUCAUGAUGACUCUCUACAUGAACCUAAGGGAGUAUGACAGAGUCGACGCUAUGGUCUACGAAAUGAAGCAGAAAGAUAUCCGACUCGACAUCUACUCCUACAACAUCUGGCUCUCCUCCUGCGGCUCUGUUGAGAAAAUGGAGCAAGUCUAUCAGCUGAUGAAAUCAGAUGUUUCCAUUAAUCCCAACUGGACCACUUUUAGCACAAUGGCCACCAUGUACAUCAAGAUGGGCGAAACUGAGAAAGCCGAAGAUGCGCUCAGGAAAGUUGAAGCAAGGAUCACUGGUCGUAACCGGAUUCCAUAUCACUACCUCUUGAGUUUGUACGGCAGCGUUGGUAACACGAGAGAGCUUUACCGGGUCUGGAACGUCUACAAAUCUGUUGUCCCGAGCAUCCCCAAUUUGGGUUACCAUGCUUUGAUCUCCUCCUUGGUGAGGAUGGGAGAUAUUGAAGGGGCUGAGAAGGCAUACGAGGAGUGGCUCCCGGUCAAGUCUUCUUAUGACCCCAGGAUACCAAAUCUUCUCAUGAAUGUGUACGUUAAAAACGACCAAGUAGAGAAAGCUGAGGGGUUGUUCGACCACAUGAUUGAAAUGGGAGGAAAACCAAGCUCAGGCACGUGGGAGAUUCUAGCUGACGGUCAUACCAGGAGGAGGAGGAUUGCAGAGGCUUUGGCUUGUCUGAGAGAAGCGUUUUCUGCGGAAGGGUCCAGCAAUUGGAGGCCAAAGGUGUUGAUGCUGUCUGGCUUCUUCAAGCUCUGUGAAGAGGAAUCGGAUGUUGCUAGUAAAGAGACCGUUUUGGAAUUGUUGAGGCAAUCGGGGCAUCUUCAAGACAAAUCUUACCAAGCUCUUAUAGGUGUGGAGGAAAAUGGAACAGUAAACGAUAGCUAUGUCCAUGAGAGUGAUGCGCUUCUAACGCAACUGCAAGAUGAUUUGUAA